GACAAAAAAAAUGCGUCGAGGGCAUCCAUCCACCACCAAGGCAACGGAGGCGACCAAAAAAUGAUCCCCCCGUCUCACGAAAUUUCGAAGGCAAUACCAAUGGAUUCCCUAAGUAUAAUUGGCACCAAUCCCUCGGCACGCGCGUCGUUGCCGAAACCGCCAAAUUUUCGGGCGGGCAACGGAAGCGGAACAAUCCGUUCUGCGCCAUUCCGCGCGGAAUCGAUCGUGUCCCCCGGGCUGCGAAAGGGGGGGGGGGCAGGCACGGCGCGCAAAACAACGAAUCCAUUGCGCGGCCCCCCGGGUGGGACGGACCGGUCCCCUUUGGUUCCCCACAAUAGCCGGAAACAAACACGGGCCCGGGGCAAUUCUGUGGGGCCGUGGACGAAAGAAGGCUCCACCGGGGGGGGGGGGGGUUCCGCAGAGGCACACACGACCGACCGAUCGGUCGUUUCCACCGCGGCAAGGCGGGAACCGUCGGGUUGCGGGAACCAAUGAAUCUCGAAACGAUCCGACAACCCAACGAAUAACGAAUACGGGUACCGUACUCACGGUUGUGAUCGUACAGUACGAUUCGUACUCUACCACCCAAUGCGGAGGGGGCAGCCAACCACGAGUUGGCGGCACGAGCACAAAACACAAAAUUGAUAUCCAUACCGGUACCGUAGGUACGACAAGAAGCCGACGGCUCCGGAACACGACGCGGAACCGUCGUGUUGUCAAGCUAGUCUCGUGUCUUUCGGGUCGGAUCCCAACUCCCGGUUCUUCGGGAGGAUUGCGUUUGCCCCUGAAGGUAUUGCGUGUACGGUAGUACAUACGUACCUUACACUACGGUACUCGUUCUAUACAAACUCGUUCUCUGAGCACUCGAAGCGGAGCUCGUGGGAGCGGAUCCCACCACGAGCAAACCCGCAUGGGUUCCGGUGUUGUACCGUACCGUACGAGCACGAGCACGAGCAAGAGUACGAGCACCCAUCCAAAAGGGAAAGGCGACGGUCCGGCGUAGCGCAACGCAAUGCAUGGCAACGCACGGCAAUGCGGGACCGUCUCGUCUUCGAUGCGCCGUGCUGCUAUGCGGCAGAGUAGUGCGAGCGGGCACGUUGCGUUCUCCUCCUUCCCCUGCCAUGCCAUGCACUGCACUGCACUGCACUGCGAUCGGACAAGCGUGUAAUUCUCGUGCUCUUGUCUGGGGAAAGGGAGCCGCCCGCGGCGUUCCGAAGAUUCGACGAAGACACGGCUGGAUGGAACGAUGCGAGCCACGAUGGGAAAUUGUUGUUUUCCGUGCUGUGCUAGCGUGAGUGUUCCCAUGGUCGAUGCUCCAAGCGCAUUCCGUGAAUGGUUCUGUCGCAUUCGCACAACCACUCUUGCAUGCUCGUUCGACGAAGCUCUAGUACUGCUACCACGAUGGUAGCUCCAACCACGAGGCAUCGCCCCACCCCCAUCCCCCCACUGGUAGGCAUAGUCGUACUCGAGUGAGGCAAGGUGCGCACUUAAAAUUAAUAGUACUAGUAUUGCUUGUGUCACACACAGAUGCCAAGGAUGAGCCAAAGAAUACAUUACUCUUGAAUCAUUCGGUGUCUUCCGGCAAUGGACGUUUCAUGGAAUGGCUUCCCCCUUAAAGGUAUUCUGUGGUGUACCAAAACCUUUGCGAGAAAUGAGUGCCACACUACACUGUGCUAGUACUAGAACCUGUGGAUGUCUCGGUAACUCCAGCCGGAAAGACUGUGUUCCCAGAAAUGACCCUGUGUCAUAGGUAGAAUAAUUGAGUGUUUGCCGACCACCAGGUCCAGCGCAAUCACUGACGUGCUGUUUGGUGGACUUGAAACAGUAGAUGAUGUCACUAGUACACKGUUGCACCAAGAUCAACCAUUAGAUAGUCAAGGAGAAAAAUUUUGAGUGUGCAAGGUUUGAUCCUAGAGCCUUUCCACAAAAUGGUUCCUCCAAGCCAUCUAACCCACCGCGGUUUACCUGAUGGUGGAAGAAAAACAGUGCAAACUACUGUUGGAAAAAUGAAUAGAAAAAAGAACC